AAAUCACAAACGGAUAGCUGAGCAUGGAGACGCCAUUGACCAUGGCCAUGUCUGGGCCCAGAUUUGAGGCACAGUCGGGUGCCAAUGGCUCCGUGCUGGACAAUGUUCUGCCUGACAUGGCGCAUCUAGUGAAUCCCUAUUGGAGCCGUUUUGCUCCCAUGGAUCCCACCAUGAGCAAAAUUCUUGGCCUCUUUACGCUAUGCAUUAUGAUCAUUUCGUGCUGUGGCAAUGGAGUGGUUGUCUUCAUAUUUGGGGGCACCAAAUCUCUGCGUACGCCAGCCAAUUUGCUUGUCCUCAAUCUGGCCUUUUCGGACUUUUGCAUGAUGGCCUCCCAAUCGCCAAUUAUGAUAAUCAAUUUUUACUACGAGACCUGGGUGCUGGGUCCACUGUGGUGCGACAUUUAUGCCGUUUGUGGUUCCAUGUUCGGCUGCGUAUCCAUUUGGUCCAUGUGCAUGAUUGCCUUCGAUCGUUACAAUGUGAUUGUCAAGGGCAUUAAUGGUACACCGAUGACCAUAAAGACAUCGAUCAUGAAAAUCCUCUUCAUCUGGCUGAUGGCCACCUUUUGGACCAUUAUGCCCUUGUUGGGCUGGAGCAGCUAUGUUCCGGAGGGUAAUCUGACGGCAUGCAGCAUUGAUUACAUGACUCGUCAGUGGAAUCCUCGCUCUUAUCUGAUCACCUACUCCCUGUUUGUGUACUACACACCGCUCUUUAUGAUCUGCUAUUCGUACUGGUUCAUCAUCGCCGCCGUGGCAGCCCAUGAGAAGGCCAUGCGGGAGCAGGCCAAGAAAAUGAAUGUAAAGUCUCUGCGCAGCAGCGAGGAUUGUGACAAGAGUGCCGAGGGCAAGUUGGCCAAAGUUGCCUUGACCACCAUUUCGCUUUGGUUCAUGGCUUGGACUCCCUAUCUGGUCAUUUGUUACUUUGGGCUCUUCAAAAUCGAUGGCCUAACACCUCUGACUACCAUUUGGGGUGCGGCCUUUGCCAAAACAAGUGCCGUCUACAAUCCAAUUGUCUAUGGCAUAAGCCAUCCGAAAUAUCGUCUGGUACUCAAGGAAAAGUGUCCCAUGUGUGUUUGCGGCAAUACAGAUGAGCCCAAGCCGGAUGCUCCUCCUUCCGAUACUGAAACCACAUCCGAGGCAGAGUCCAAAGCUUGAACUAAAUAGAAAAAGUAUUAAACGUGCAAUUGCCUGAAAGAGGCUCAAAAAGUUGACAAAAAAAAAAGUGCAGUCGAUAAAUGUUAAUAAUUAAAAUUUAAAGUGACUAGAAAACGUUCAACAAAACUGA